AUGGCGUGGGCCCACCUGUCUGUCACCAAACCCCAUCUGGUAUACAUCAUCCUCGGCGGCUUCACCUCCCUGUUCAUGCUUUGCUCGUCCAUCAUCAAGGAACGCAUCUACAUCGGCGAGGCCACUGUUGCCACUCUCUGUGGCCUCAUCUUCGGCCCUCAUGCUGCCGACUUGAUCGACCCAGCAUCUUGGGGAAAUGUCGACAUCGUUACCAUCGAGUUCUCUCGCAUUGUCCUCGUCGUCCAGUGUUUUGCUGUUGGCGUCGAACUGCCAAAGUUCUACAUGGAACGCCACUGGAAGUCCGUCAUAUUCCUCCUCGUACCUGUGAUGACCUUCGGCUGGCUUGUAACGUCUUUAUUUGUUUGGUGGAUGGUACCGCCCCUUGACUGGCUCGACAGCCUCGUCAUCGCCGCCUGUGUCACCGCCACCGACCCCGUCUUAGCGUCGUCUGUUGUCGGCAAGGGCAAGUUCGCCAAGCGGGUGCCAAAGCAUUUGCGUGAUCUGCUCUCUGCCGAAUCUGGAUGCAAUGAUGGCAUGGCCUUUCCCUUCAUCUACCUCUCGCUUUAUCUCAUCCAGGACAAACGCGACGCCGGAGAGGUUUCCUUCCACUGGAUCGUGUACACAAUUCUCUACGAAUGUAUUUUCGGUGCCAUCUAUGGAUUCCUGAUCGGUUACAUUGCCCGCCACGGCAUCAAGUUUGCCGAGCGCCAUGACCUCAUCGACCGCGAGAGCUUUCUCGUGUUCUAUUUUGUCCUGGCUCUUUUCUGCGCUGGUUCUGGAAGUAUCCUCGGUGUUGAUGAUUUGCUGGUUGGCUUCUCGUGCGGCGUGGGCUUCUCGAACGACGGAUGGUUCGGCCAUAAAACAGAAGAAUCGCACGUAUCAAACGUCAUCGAUUUGUUGCUCAAUCUGACAUAUUUCGUGUACCUCGGAACUAUCAUUCCCUGGGAGAUGUUCAACGACACGUCGAUUGGCUUGUCCGCCUGGCGCCUCACCAUCAUAGCUAUUUUUGUCAUUCUUUUCCGCCGUAUCCCUAUCAUGCUUGCAUUGAAGCCUUUGAUACCGGACAUCAAAACAUGGCGCGAGGCCCUCUUUGCUGGUCACUUCGGCCCUAUUGGUGUUGGUGCCAUCUUUGUCGCCAUAAUGGCUCGGGCCGAGCUCGAGAGUGACUCGCCUGUACCCCUGUCCCAACUCCCACCGCCCGACUCGCCCCAUUACACGCUUUUGACUCUCGUUUGGCCCAUCACGACAUUUUUAGUUGUCUCGUCUAUUAUCGUCCACGGGUCGUCCAUCGCCGUAUUCACUUUAGGAAAGCGGAUCAAUACCUUAACAAUCACAAUGUCCUACACCACGGCUCCAGAGGAAGGUCCGUCGUGGAUGAAUCGCCUGCCACGCAUAUCAUCUCAAUCACGUUCUCAGGCACGCACCAUGUCGGAUACGGACGUAGACGAGCUUAAAAUGCCAAGUGUCCCUCCAGGCACACUUUUGCCUGUUGGGAUACCUGGGCAAUUCCUGCGACGAAUUAAAGAUGAAGAAGGUACCAGCAAGCAAGGCAGCCGAGCAUCGUCGCGUGCAAGUCGCCGCCGGAGAAAGAAGUGGGACGACGGUAUCGGCCCCGGUGGGCCUAUCAGUCAGUCUGCGAUUUACCCUCAACGCCCAGCGAGCGAUGCCCUUGUAUCAAGUGCCCCGCUGCAAACCGAGACACUUGGACCUGAUGAGCCGGAAGAACAGCCUUCGCAAGGCUCUGGACAAACUAUUGUCGCAGAAGAAGAGGGACGUCUGGAAGGCAGCGACGAGGAGAAGAGGGGCCGCCGGGAGCAAAGGGGGUCUUCUGAAGGACCUGACGGCUCUGUGUCGCCAACUUCUGCACCAAGGCUCAAUGUAUAUGACGAAGGCGAUAAUAUUAUUAUCGAGACGGAACAGGGAGAAGUCGUCGCUGUCGAACCUACACAUUCUCACAGUUUGCCUCUCGAAGGGACCGACGUGGAAAAGCUCAAGGAGAGUUUGACCCCAGAGGCAUUAAAAGCCGAGGCGGGAACCUCUGCCUGGUCAUACGAUGCUAUCAAGAAAAAGAUCGGCAACUGGAAAAACGACGAGAUCCAGAAAAGAAAAGAGAAACAAAAGGAUACGCGCAAACACGAACCUGCUCGAGCUUACCAAUUUGGCAAUACGGUACAGUCUUCUUGUUCCCUCCGCGUAGAAGGCCGAGGGGUGAUUAUUGUCGAAGACGAAGACGGGGAAGUUGUCAAGACGUACGAGCUACCGCCGCAAAGGGGGGACAAAGAUGGUGGAGGUAGUGAUAUGGUCUCACACAGCCUCAAAUACAUGGGCAUGGGAGGUUUGAUCCGACCUUCUGAAAAGGCAAAUGAGCAGGGGAAUGAAAAGACGAAGGGCUCGAACAAUGAUGUCGACCCAAUGACGCGAGUAUCUAGCAGGCCUGCAAUGCCAAGCUGGAUCAACUUCGGACGGACCGGUCCCGGUGAGCCAUCUACUCAAAGGCAGCGAAAAAAGAGCGUCGCCGAGGUGCAAGAAGAAGAAGACGAUCGCCAUAUCCGCUUCACUAUCGGCGGUGUCGGUCAGCGAAUGACAAAGGAGGGUUUUAUCAAGCAGAUGCAACAGUUGGACCAAAGCACGAGACGUGAAGUGGUCGACAAAUCAAGCGCUUCUCAUACCAUCAAAACGCUCGCCAAGCAAGAUAUCACACUUCCAGACAUUGUUGUGUCUCACCCCGACAAAAGCGCUAAGGCUGGGUCUGCUACGAGUGAUGGUCAACGACGCCGCCGUGGCAAAGAGGUUGGUGGCAACGAUGGUAGCGGCGAGGAUGACAGUUCUAGCCGGCGCUCAUCUGCAGCCCAGCUUGAGACAGCAACCAUCUCCCGGCUUGGUCGCGCUGUGGCUGGCCCGUCUGACAACACUGACGAUAUACCGGAGACGGCCGUGGAGAGACGUCGUCGCUUGGCUGUUUUGCAGAGUGUUAGCGAUGAUGACGACGAGGAUUCGGACGAGGGCAACGACGAAACAAAUGAAACUCCCGCAGAACGGCGUCGGAGAGAAGCAGCCCUGGGUAUGUCGAGCCACCAAGCUGAAGACAGUGAUGACGACGACACCCCAAGAGUGCCUCCUGCUCGGCGCGGCAUCCGUUUUGCAGACACCCCAGACAGGCGAAAGACUUAA